AUGGCUUCUUCUUCAUUGCGUUCUCAUUCGAAGUAUGAUGUCUUCUUGAGCUUUAAUGGCGAGACACGGAGAUCAUUCGCCGAUCAUCUCUACACAAGCUUGUGGGAAGCUGGGGUUGCAACCUUUCGAGAUGAAGAAGAGAUCCGGAAAGGCAAUGACAUUUCUGAUGAGUUGAAGCAGGCCAUUGAGGGGUCUGAGAUAUCCAUUGUUGUAUUCUCAAAAAAUUAUGCCCAAUCUAGAUGGUGCCUUGACGAGCUGGUGAAAAUGGUGGAGUGUAAACAGAAAUUGGGACAAAAGAUUCUUCCCAUAUUCUAUCAUGUUACUCCUUCAAAGGUUCGCAAACAGACAGGCAAGUUUGGUAUAGCACUGAAUCAACAUAAACAGCGAUUUGGAGAAGAAACAGUUAAUGGGUGGAAAGCUGCACUCACUACCGUUGGUUAUUUGGAUGGAUGGCAUAUCACGAAAGACGGGUAUGAGUCAGGGAUCAUCAAAAGAAUUACUGAAUGUGUACUAAGGGAAUUGAAUCAUACAUACAUGGAUGUUGCAACGUAUCCGGUCGGAAUUGAUUCUCGUGUGAAAGAUAUAGAGAAUUUAUUGCAAAGUCAAACAAAUGAUGGUGUGAAGAUGAUUGGAAUUUUUGGCACGGGUGGUGGUGGGAAAACAACCCUUGCUAAGGCUAUAUACAACAGGUAUUAUCAAAGCUUUGAAGGUAGUAGUUUUAUCGAAGACGUUAGAUCUGGGGGACGACAUGAUGGUUUAGCUCGUUUACAAGAGAAACUUAUUUGGGAUACACUCAAGAAAAAAAUACAUGAAAUAGAUAAUGUUGGUAGAGGAAUAACUUUAAUUAAAAGAAUACUGCCAUCAAAAAAGGUUCUUAUUGUUCUUGAUAACAUAGACAGUAGAAAUCAACUAAGCUCAUUAGCAGGACAACGAGAUUGGUUUGGUUCAGGCAGCAUAAUUAUCAUAACAACUAGAGAUGUUCGGUUGUUGAGUAACCUUAGAGCACACGAAAAGUACGAGGUCAACAUGUUAAGCUUGAAUGAAUCUUUGCAACUCUUGAGUUGGUAUGCUUUUGAUGUCCCUGGAUGGAGGGACUAUGCUGAGAAAUUAAAAAAGAUGCCUCCUGACAAAGUUCAAGAGGUUCUUAAAAUAAGCUAUGAUGCACUUGAUGAUGAUGCUCAGAACAUCUUUCUUGAUAUUGCUUGUUUUUUCAUUGGGCAUGACAAAAACAGCACUAUUGAGAUAUUGAAAGCUUGUAAUUUUGUUCCUGGAGAUGGAAUCAAAACUUUGAUAGAUAGAUGCUUGUUAAAAAUAAAUAUAUUUGGAAAAUUUGAAAUGCAUGAUUCAGUUCGUGAUAUGGGUAGAGAAAUUGUUCGAAUGGAAUCCCCAAUAGAGCCUGGCAAACGCAGUAGAUUGGUGGAUCCAGAGGAAAUCAUUGAUGUUCUUCGGGGAAAGAAGGGCACAGAUGCAAUUCAAGGGAUGAUUCUAAAUUCUAACAUGUUAAAGGAUGGGCCUUUUAGUAUGGAAGCAUUCGAAGGGAUGAAAAAUUUACGGAUACUCAUAUUGAAUGGUGUGAGUCUCCGCGGAUCUUUUGAAUAUUUAUCCAAUGAGCUCAGGUUGUUUAGAUUAUACAAUUGCCAUUUGAGUUGCAUACCAUUUAAUUUUCGCUGUGAGAAACUUGUUGAGUUAGACAUGGAAGGUAGCAAUAUCAAAGAAUUCCAAUGCAAUAUGCAGCUGCAGCAUCUUAGAUGCUUGAAGAUCUUAAAGUUUGAUUAUUGUGAACAACUUAAGAAAACACCAAACUUUACUGGGGCACAUACUCUUCAAAAAGUAUCCUUUUACCGGUGUUCAAAUUUGGUCAAGGUACACCCAUCAAUUGGAAGUUUGGAGAGACUUGUCGAGUUAAAUUUUAACAGUUGCAAGAAACUCAAGGUUCUUCCAAGUAGCAUUUGCAAGUUAAAAUUACUUGAAAUUUUAAAUUUGAGUUUUUGCGUAAAACUGUGGGAGCUUCCAACUGAGUUGGGAAAAUUAGAGCAACUAAGAGAGUUACAUGCUCGUGGAACUGACAUCUCACAUAUACCAUUUUCUUUGGGAUGCUUGAGAAAUCUAAAGGAACUGGAUCUGCAUGACUACAUUAAGAAAUCACGUGAUGGUGUUGCUUUUUUUCCACCUUCUGUUGCAAAUUCGUGCCCCUUUAAAGUUAUUGAGAAUUUGACCUCAUUGGUAACUUUAUAUUUAUCAGGAGAAAGUUGUUAUCUUCAAAGCUUAACCUUCCACCUUUGUCAUCUUUCAAACUUGAAAGUUCUCUACUUGGACGGUCUCCAAAAUCUUAGAGUACUUGUAGAACUUCAUCCUAGUUUGGUGUACCUCUCUGUAAAAAAUUGUGUCUCAUUGAAAAAAAUAGUAACUGUAUCGAAAUUGAAACUUGAACUGUUGUGUUUUGAAAACUGUGAAAGUUUGGUUGAUCUUCCAAAGAUGGAGAGUCUUUCAUCCUUAAGAUGUCUUAGCAUAAAGAAUUGCAAUGCUUUGACUAUUGCUGACAACUAUUUGCAUGAAGGAGAUUUUCCAAUUGCUCUUAGGAGUUUGUCCUCCUCGUUGAAUGGAAUAGAUUUAAUGGGAAGUUAUUAUCCUCAAAGUUUACUAUUAAGCCCUUUCCAUCAAUAUUCCAAUUUGAAGCAACUCUCCUUGGACGAUCUGCAGAAUCUUAGAUCACUUCCACAACUUCCUCCUAAUUUGGAGAGACUCUCUGCAAAGAAUUCUGUCUCAUUAGAAAAGAUAGCAGAUCUAUCCAACUUGAAAAGACUUGAACAGCUAGAUAUUCAGAACUGCAAAAGUUUGAUUGAGCUUUUAGGCUUGGAGAGUCUUGAAUCCUUACGUUAUCUUGGGAUAGCAAAUUGCAGCUGUUUGAAGAUUCCUUCGAUUGAAAAGUGGUUCAAGGUACAUCCCAAAGAUGAUAGUGUCUAUAUUAAUGUGGAAGUGAGUGUAGUUGAGCGGGGUAGAAUAUACAGCCAAUUUUCUUUCAUGAAUCCAUCCUUUGUGAUUGAUCACAGUGAAAUUGAUGGUCCUAAUAGAAUUGAUUUGGGUGUGAGAAGCAAAAGCAGUGUGGCGCUCUUUUCACGUUCCAAUGACAAUGAUGGGAGAAGCAUUGGAGGUGUAUGCAGAAGUCCAUGGUUUGCAGAAGAUAUUUUGUAUAGGUGA